UUGUCCUUAUAUGUAACAAACUCACCAGAAACAAAUGUUCCCAGCUUAUAUGUAUUUACAAAACCAAUAAAGUUUAAACAAAGAACACAAAAAUGGGUGAAAUUUGGGGUCUAAUUGGUUCAAAGCUUGCAAGCAUAUUGUUUGUAUGGGCUAUGAUUCAAGAGUAUUGUCCUAAUCAAAUUCAUGCACUCAUAGAAAAAUUCUCACAAAAAUUAGCAAACUUUCUUUACCCUUAUGUUGAGGUUAGAUUCAUGGAGUACAUUGGUGAUUACAUGAGAACCAACAAUGAAGCUUUUAGAUCCAUUGAAAACUACUUAACAUCAAAAUCAACCAACAAAGCAAAGAAACUUCGAGGUGAAUAUGUGAAAAAGUGUUUAGUUCUAAAGAUGGAUGAAAGUCAAGAGUUUCAUGAUGAGUUUGAAGGGAUUAAAGUUGUUUGGUGUCUAAAAAAGAAUGUCCCAAAAACAAACCAUAGUGUUUCAUUCUAUGCAGCUGAUGAUAAAAGGUAUUACCUUCUCACUUUUCAUCGUAAAGAUCGCGAUUUCGUUGCUAAAUCUUACCUUAAGCAUGUUUUGGAAGAAGGUAAGAACAUUGGUUUAAGUAAGAGACAGGUAAAGCUUUACACAAACUGCACAGGUGAUAAUGGAGGUAAAUGGAGUCAUGUGAUUUUUGAACAUCCAUCUUCUUUUGAAACAAUUGCAAUGAAUUCAAAAAAGAAGAAAGAGAUUGUUGAUGAUCUUGUUACAUUUAGUAAAGCUAAAGAAUAUUAUGCAAAGAUUGGUAAGCCUUGGAAAAGAGGCUAUUUGCUAUAUGGUCCUCCAGGAACAGGAAAAUCAUCAUUAGUUGCUGCUAUUGCUAAUUUUUUGAAGUAUGAUAUUUAUGACAUUGAGUUAACUAAUGUGAAAACAAAUGCUGAGUUAAGGAAACUUUUGAUUGGAAUCACGAGUAAGUCGGUUGUUGUCAUCGAAGAUAUUGAUUGCUCACUUGAUCUUACCGGUGAGAGGAAGACAGAUUCGGGAAAUGAAAAAGAUAAAGAGGAUAAGAAGGAUGUGAAUCAAGCAUCAGGUGAAGCUGAAAACAAAAAUAAAAUGAGUCAGGUAACACUUUCUGGAUUGUUGAAUUUUAUUGAUGGGAUUUGGUCUGCUAGUACUGGUGAGAGGUUGAUUAUAUUCACUACUAACUAUGUCGAUAAACUCGAUCAAGCUUUGAUUCGUCGAGGACGAAUGGACAUGCAUAUUGAGUUAUCUUAUUGUGGUUUUGAUGGAUUCAAAAUGUUGGCAAAAAAUUAUCUGAGUAUUGAAUCUCAUCCUUUGUUCGACACGGUUCGAUGCUUGUUGGAAGAGGCUAAUGUGACACCUGCUGAUGUUGCUGAAAACUUGAUGCCUAAGGUAGCUAAUGAAGACGCUGAGGCAUCAUUGGAGAGGUUGAUUCAAGCACUUAGAACCUCUAAGGAAGAGGCAAAGAUGAAAGCUGAGAAAGAGGCAGAGAUGAAGGCUGUGAAUUCAUCAGAGAUAGUUGCAGAAGACAAGGAGAUUAAGGAAAAGAUUGGUAAUGGAAAGUCCUAG